UCAGCUGCUGGUGGGCGGGGCUCUGACUGGACAAGGCAUUAGCAUUGAUUCAUAGGGUCGCCCAUGUCCCAGCUCAAGGUGUAGCAGGAAAGAGGAAGGUGUAGUUCAACCCUGCAUGCUUUCUUUUUGCUUUGACGUUGCACUGAUUUAGAAAUGCUGCACUUCCUGUUGCUGUUCAGUCGGCAGGGGAAGCUGCGCCUGCAGAAAUGGUUCACGCCGCUACCGGAGCGAGAGAAGAAGAAGGUGGUGCGGGACAUGAUGAUGUUAGUGUUGCCUCGGCCCACACGCACCUGCAACUUUCUGCACUGGCAGGACCUGAAGAUUGUUUACAGGAGGUAUGCCAGCCUGUACUUCUGCGCCGGUCUGGACAGCCAGGAUAACGAGUUGCUCGCCCUAGAGGUGCUGCACAGAUACGUGGAGCUGUUGGACAGAUACUUUGGUAACGUGUGCGAGUUGGACAUCAUUUUUAAUUUUGAAAAGGCCUACUUCAUCCUGGAUGAGUUUCUGAUGGGAGGAGAGAUUUUAGAAACCUCUAAAUUUGCCGUGGGGGCGUCUAUGGAGGACGCCGACACGCUCCAGGAGACGCUGGAGGAGUACAUGAGCAAACCAGCCUACUGACGACCACGUGGUCUGCAUGCCACCGCUUUGCUCCUGAUUUUGUUCUUCUGCAGGUUUUAAGACUAGAAGAGUGAUUUUAAAAGAGACUGGUCCUUCAGUGUUUGGGCGAGUGAAAGGAGAAACACUCAGACAGUAAGGAAAAAUAAAGUCAAUGCUUUAUUAACAACAGAUAUGUGACCACGCGUAGGAAAAAUGUACAAGUGCAAAGAACUCAACACUGAUCUGGAUUGUGUGCAGAAGUCUAAGGCUGGUGAAACACACCUUCAUCUGGUCAGGAACAACUUUUGAGCUAAACAUCAAAUGAAAACACCAGAUUUAUUUUAAUAAAUACGUUUUUGUAAACCUA